UGACCUUGUCUGAGUCAAACUUCGCGGUGUCCGGCGCAAUGCAUUGUGGUACACCCAAAGCGCAUGUGCGAGACAUCCAAGAUGAGCCUGAACGUCACCACACCAGCUUCCUCCAUCGAGGUCCCCCUGCACCAGACUGGGCAGUAUGGGGUGAAGGAGACCAUGAAGUCAGUCGAGGGGCUGUCUGGAGUGAAGGGUACUCUUGUUGCUGCUCAUCCCCUGGAAGCAUCUGAAGCAUUGGUCCGCAAGAACCAGGAUCAAGUGGACUUCACCAUGCUGCGCAAUGUACAGGGCAUGCACGCCCCCUUGCGGCUACAGAUGGAAAGGCACAUUGCUGGCAAGGUCCAGCGGUUACCAUGUCUACACAGCUCCAACGUGGCCCUGGACACCCUACGUGGUCAGGAUGAACACAUUGACUUCAACCAUGUUCUGAACGACCCUACAGCUCCAGAAGUAAUGGGUGAUCCCCACAUCAUGACAGAGAGAAGGGCUGGCAUCCUGCAGUAGAGGCUCUGUUAGGGGGCUGACAAGGUUCAAGGAUGAUUCUCUAGGAUUUGGGGGGACAGGGGUCAUAGUGUUCAUUUGCAUCAGUGGUAGGAAGCUAAGUCAAUUUCUGGAUUCCUCAACAGACAAUUCUGUAAGCCUUAGGUGUAGUAUUUUUUGAUUCAGUUAUAAAUGUUAUCUAGACAGUGGGCCAUAUGUUCCUUGUCUAUGCUCUCCAUACAGAAGAUAUUUCCCUUUAACUCUCUCUGUUCAAGUAGUUGUUUAUCAGUACAAGCAAAGAACAUGUAUCUGAAGGUAGUGAUGUCUCAAAUAAAGCACAUCUUCACAAACAAACAUACAAA